CCUCAACAUUUAGCUAAACUUCCUUGCCCACCCAGCCACCCUCGGAGCUCUGUGCGCGGGUACCUUUUUCUCAUGGACCUCCGCCGUCGGGAAGCUGCCGAUCGCGGAUGAGACCUUCUCCUGGAUCGGAUCCGCUCUCCCGCUCGGCGCCUUCGCCGGCUGCAUGGUGGCGGGUAUGGCGGCUGACCGGCUCGGACGGCAGCGCACGCUGCUGCUCAUGGCCCUGCCCAUGCUGGUGGCGUGGGGCAUGCUCUCCGUGAGCUCCUCGGUGGCCUGCCUCCUGCUGGGCCGCACGCUGGCGGGCCUGGCCGUCGGCGUGGUGUCCGUGUCGGCGGGCAUCUACGUGUCGGAGGUGGCCGAGCCCUCGGUGCGCGGCACCCUGGGCUCCUUCUUCCAGCUGCAGAUCACCGUCGGCAUCCUGCUCGGCUUCGUCGCCGGCCUGCUCAACGACCCCGCGCACCUCGCCUACGUCUGCAUGGCCCUGCCCGUGCUCUUCGCCGCGCUCUUCUGGCGCAUGCCCGAGUCCCCCGUGUUCCUGCUGACCCGCGGCCAGUCCAAGGCCGCCCGCGACUCCCUGCACUGGCUGCGAGGCCCCGACUACGACGUCAGCGACGAGAUUGCCACGAUCAGGCACUCUAUCCUGACGGCCGAGCAGAGCAAGGCCUCCGUCAAGGACUUGUUCGCCACGCGUGCAGGCGCCCGGGGCAUGAUCGUCGCCCUGGGUCUGAUGGCCGCCCAGCAGCUCUCCGGCAUCAACGCCGUCAUCUUCUACACCGCCAAGAUCUUCCAGAGCUCCGGGUCCUCCAUGAGCGAGGCGGAGUGCUCCAUCGUCGUCGGCAUCGUCCAGGUGGCGUCCACGUUCGUGUCCAUGCUGCUGGCCGACUCUGCCGGGCGCCGGGUGCUGCUGCUGCUCUCCAGCGGCGUCAUGACCAUCUGCUUGUCCAUGCUGGGCGUGUACUUCCACCUCAGCGAGGCGGGCCACGACAUGGACGGUAUCACGUGGCUGCCCCUGGCGACCGUGGCCGUGUUCAUCGUCAUGUUCUCGCUCGGCCUCGGGCCACUGCCCUGGUGCGUCGUCAGCGAGAUCUUCUCCCCCAGCAUCAAGGGCGCGGCGUCCUCAGUCGCCUGUGGCGCCAACUGGUUCAUGGCCUUCCUCGUCACCAAGUUCUUCUUGAACCUGGUGUCCGUAGUAAACCAGAGUGGAGCGUUCUUCGUCUUCUCUGGCAUCGCGGCUCUCGGCACGCUUUUCAUCGCCCUCCUGGUGCCGGAGACCAAGGGCAAAAGCCUGGACGAGAUCCUCGCCGAGCUGACGGGCAUUAAGAGCUUCCCCGGAUCCGAUAUUGAGGCUACGCCAUCCUCCAUUGAGGAGGAGGAAGAGGACGAGGAAAUCAAUAGGAGACCAUUCCCCCUCUGAGGAAGACGAACAAGUGGGCUGAACGAUGUCUCCUGCCUUCCUCUGGCACUAGUGGAGAUAAAAUUUCAUCGUAGUCUGAAGAAAAUGGGGAAAAUGUUGACUGGUGUUAGGGAUACCCUACUGCCUUUGUCGCCUCCCGACUAUGGGCCCUCGACAUUUCGUGAAAUACGAAAAUAGUGUUCAGACUCUGGUCCAUUCGGCGGCGACAUUCUACAACACAUGCUAGUCAAAUGUCCGAGGCAGUACUUACGCCAGGAACACGAUAACCACAUUAUUUUUUUAUGUUUUUGCCAAUACUUAAAAUGCUGCUUAUAAAUUACAUGUAUUAUAAUAGUGGAUAAGCGGCAGCAAGAAAAUUAAUUGAAACUGCUUCAAAGAUCGGAGUGUGAGUGAAUGUGCGUGAGUGUGCGUGCGUGUAUGUGUGUGAAGUGCAUGGAUGUAUGUGGAAGUUUGCAGACAAAUUAA